GUCGGAAGUAGUAGAGUGAGGUCUAAGGGCGGAGGGGCCGGGCCGAGCCGGAAAAGUUGUGCGCGCGAGCCUGCGGGAGCCUGCCUGUGCCGGCCCUGCCGUCCUCGUGCGUCCCGGGCCCGGCGUCCCCGCUGCUGUCCAGCCUCGGCAGACAUGACUGAAGCCCAGAAGCGGCGGGAGCUGCUCCCGCUCAUCCACCACCAUCUGGUGCAGGCUGGCUACGUGAGGGCGGCGCGGGAGGUGAAGCUGCAGAGCGCCCAGAAAACUUUCCCAGCACCGUCAGUGACCCUUCUGGACAUCUAUACCCACUGGCAACAAACUUCAGAAGUUGCUAAGAAACGCAAGGCAGAAGAAGCAGAUGGAGAGAUUCCCUGUAAGGUCAGAGUGUCUGAUCCCACAAGCAGCUCUGAGAGCUCAGAGGAGGAGAAGGAACAGCAAGAGAGAGGGGAGAAAACAGUGAAAACUACCAAAGUGCUAUCCUCCAACUCUGUGUCUGUGAUAAAGGGCAUGCAAUGCAAGAAUUCACUGUCAGAACCUAAGGAGAAUGUCAAGACAAAGAAUAAGAAAGGAACCAUUAAGACCGUGGUGACCUCUGCCUCACACCCUGACCCCCUUGAAGCACAGACCACCUCUGGAAAGCCAGGUCCAACCGUGUCAGUACAGUCCCCUUCCAAAAAGUCCCCAGCAGCCCCCAGAAAGCAGGCAGCACAGUCUUCGAGCAAUAGCUUGGCCACACACAGUGAGGAAAAGGUUGCUUCCCCUGUUGUUCCAAGACCUGCCCCAGUGCCUCCAGACAAGAAGACAGAGAGCAGCAGCGAGGACUCCUCAACUGAUGAGACAGAUAUAGAGAUGGAGAAAGCAGUGGGAACUCCCCAGGGCAAGUCUGCCCUGGUGAGAGGUGACUCUGCUGCCUCAGUUCCCACCAAGGGGUCCCAGAAGAAAAUGAUCACACCAUCUCCUGGGAGAUUGGUGACUGAGCCUCUGACAGCCAAGGAGAAGCGACCAGAAGAGACCUCUGAGAGCAGUGAUGAAUCUGAGAGUGAUGAGGAUGUCCCAACACCUCAGGGACAGACACAAGUGAAAACGCUUCAUCUUGGUGAAGUACCAGGGAGGGUAGGCAAGACCACUCCAAACACGGGGAAAACUGUCACUCCAUCCUCCAGACCAAAUUUGGGACUGCCCUCCAAGGCAGAGGAGAGCUCAGAGAGCAGCGAGGAGUCAGAAAGUGAAGAGGAGGAUACAGAGCCUCAGAGACACCAGGUUAAAACCACCCCAGCCUCUGGUAUCAAAGUAUCCCCAUGGCAAGGGGCCCUUCCUGUUCCUGGUAAGUCAGUGACUUCGAACCUCCAGGUCAAGGCAGCAGAGCCCAGAAGUCAAGAGACUAGUUCUGAGAGCAGUGAUGAAGACGUCUCAGCGCCACAGGGACAGGGAAAAUCAUCCACGAAGACUCCCCAGGCCAAUGCCAUGUCAGGAAAUAGAGCCCCUGCCCCCUCAAACAUCACUAAAGUGCCCCUGGGAAAAGGGGCCCUCCAGGCCAAGAUAGGACCCUCAGCCAGGACACCUGAAUUUAGUUUUCCAGAGACUAGUUCUGAUAGCAGUGAGGAGUCCGAGAGUGAAGAGGAUAUCAUAGUGCCCCAGAGACAGGAAAAAUUAUCAGAGAAGACUCCCCAAGCCAAUGCUACACCAGUGAAAGGGACCCUUCUUGCUGUUGGAAAACCAAUGACUUCAGCCCCCCAGGCCAGGACAGGGCCUUCAGCCCCCCAGGCCAAGCCGGGGCCUUCAGCCCCCCCGGCCAGGACAGGGCCGUCAGCCAUGGUAUCUGAACCUGGAAGUUCAGAGACUAGUUCUGAGAGCAGUGAGGAGUCAGACAGUGAAGAGGAGAUCAAAGCACCUCAGGAAAAGGGAAAAUCAGCAAUGAAAGUUUCCCAGAUUAAUGCCAUUACAACAAAAGUUGCUCCUGCCCCCACCCAAAGGCCCCUGGGGAAAGAGGCCCUUUCUGCCCCUGGAAAAUCAGGGACUGUGGCUUCUGAGGUCAAGGCACAAUCAGCUGCUGAAACCCUUGGGUCAGAGAGCUCUGAGAGCAGCGAGGAGUCAGAAAGUGAAGAGGAAACCCCCACACUCCAAACCCAGGUGAAUCCUCCAGGGAAAACUCUAACCAAAGCCAUCCCUGCCCCACCCACUAAAAGCCCUUUAGAGAAGGGGGCUCUUCACACUCCUGGGGGAACAGUGAGUGCACCUGCCAGUGCCAGGGUGACACCUGCAGCCAAAGGAGUGAGACCCGGGGGGUCAGAGGAGAGUGCUGAGAGUAGUGAAGAGUCUGAAAGCGAAGUGGAAACUCCUGUGUCCCAGGGACAGGCAAUAUCAGUGAAAAAUCUUCAGGUCAAAACCUCGCCAGCAUCUGCUACCAAGGGGCCCCUGGGGAAGGGAGUUCUUCCCGCUCCAGGGAAGUUAGUGACUGCAGCUUCCAAUGCCAAGGGGACAUCUCUGACCAAGGCAGUUGGGCCUGGGAAACCAGAGGAGAGUUCUGAGAGCUCUGAGGAAACAGACAGUGAGGUUGAGGUACCUCUGUCCCAAGGACAGGCAAAGCUGGCAGCGAAAGCUCCUCAAAUCAACACCUCCUUACAGAAAUCAGCCACUGUCAUCCCCAUCUCCUCUAAGGGCAUUCAGGGGAGAGUGUCUGCUCCAGCUCCCUGGAAGUCAGGGCCUGCGCCCCUCCAGGCCAAAGUAGCAGGACCUGGGAAACCCAAGGCCACUUCUGAAAGCAGUGAGGAGUCAGAGAGUGAGGAGGAGAGCCCAGCAUCCCGGGGACAGGCAAAGCCCACAGUGAAAGCUCCCCAAGUUGAUGCCCCUCCAGGAAAAGGGGCCCCUGUCACUCCUGUCUCUGCUAAGGGCACUCGGGGGAAAGUGUCUGCUCCAGCUCCCUGGAAGUCAGGGCCUGCGCCCCUCCAGGCCAAAGCAGCAGGACCUGGGAGACCCAAGGCCACUUCUGAAAGCAGUGAGGAGUCAGAGAGUGAGGAGGAGAGCCCAGCAUCCCGGGGACAGGCAAAGCCCACAGUGAAAGCUCCCCAAGUUGAUGCCCCUCCAGGAAAAGGGGCCCCUGUCACUCCUGUCUCUGCUAAGGGCACUCGGGGGAAAGUGUCUGCUCCAGCUCCCUGGAAGUCAGGGCCUGCGCCCCUCCAGGCCAAAGCAGCAGGACCUGGGAGACCCAAGGCCACUUCUGAAAGCAGUGAGGAGUCAGAGAGUGAGGAGGAGAGCCCAGCAUCCCGGGGACAGGCAAAGCCAGUAGUGAAACCUGGCCAGGCUGACACCCCAUCAGGGAAAGGGACCUCCAUCUCCCCAGUGUCCCUCAAGGGCUCCCAGGGGAAAGCGCCUACUCCAUCCCCCUUAAAAUCAGGAAAUGCACCUCUCCAGACCAAAGAAGAGGUCCAAGUCAAGGCAGCAUGUCUUGGGAAAGCAGAAGAGACUUCAGAAGAGGAUUCAGAGUGGGAAGACAGCAUCUCGGUAUCUCAGGGCCAGGUAAAACCCGCAAUCGCAGUUUCUCCAGGUUUGGAAGGAGGGAAGGGGACCACCAUAUCAUCUCCUAAGAAGUCAGCAGUUGCCUCCCUUCAGGCCAUCAAGGUGGAUUCCAGCAGCUCAGAUGACAGCUCUAGCAGCAGCGAUGACACGUUGAUCCCUGCAUCCCAAAGACAGGUGAAACCAUCUGUCCCAGCCCCCCAGGGCAAAGCUGCUGAGAAGCCAGCAGUCCCCCUCACCACAGUGGAGGAGACGUCAUCAUCGGAGAGCAUGGAGGACACAGAGAGUGAAGAAGAGGAAGUCCCAACUCCUCAGGGGCAGGUAAAAACUGCAGUGAAAAAUACUCAUGUCAAUCCAGCCUCAGGAAGAGAGAGCAAGGACACACCAGCCUCAGGAAAGUCCGUGUCUUCAUCAAAGACCACAAUAACAGGGCCUAUAAAGCCAGAAGAACAUUCUGAAAGCAGCGAGGAAUCCGAAAGUGAAGAUGAGGUGGUCUUGGUGUCUGUGGGGCGGGUAAAACCUUCAGUGAAAACUCCUCAGGUCACUGCAGCCUCAAUAAGAAAGAAAGAGCCCACACCAGCCCUUGGGAAGUCUGUGGCUCCAUCCCCCCAAACUCAGGUGGGGCCUCAGGCCAAGGUCAUUGGAACUGCAGUAUCAGAGGAGAGUUCCGACACCAGUGAUGAGUCUGAGAGUGAAGGGGUGAUCCCUGUGUCCCAGGAGCAGGUUUCAUCAGGGAAGACAGAUGAGAAGGCUGCAGCUGCUAAGAACAGUGUGGGGAAAGUGUCUGCCGCAUCUUCAGACAAGCAGUUGGCUUCACCUGGUGCUACCAGGAGCCAGAAAUCCAAAAGUAGCAAUGGAGAGCCGCCAGCUGCCCAGACCACUUGUGUGAUGAAGAGCAAAACAGCUAAGCAGGACAAGAAAUCUAAGCUUGCUGGGGGGACCCAAGCCACGCCUGCUCAGGACAGCUUUUCUGUGACCACUAGUAAUGGUACAAAGAGUGAGAAAGAAGACUCAGACAUAGUCAAAGCAAAGCAGACACAAAAUCUAGGUCCUUCCCCUAAGGGCAAAGCCACUGUGAAUACAGAGAGCCCAGAGGAUUCCAGCGAAGAGGAAAUGAUAGAGCCUUCCCAGUCUGUCCUUUCAGGUUAUGCAUUUCCCAGUUCAUCUCUCCCUGUAUCCAUAAACCCUCAGCUACAGAAGGCACCUCCCAAGCAAAGACUUGCAGCGAUUGCCUCUGCAGGCCCAGCUCUGCCAGUGUCUUACAAAGGAAGUCCUCAGAGUGACAGCAGUGAUUCUGAGGUAGAGUGCAAGACAGAAUCAGAAGAGCAGCCUCCCCAGACUGGGAAAAAAUUGAAGACCUCAGUCUCCAGGCAUCAGUCGAUUGGAAAGGGGUUCAAGUCAGGCGCAGUCGAUUGUAAACCUGCCUCACCCAAACAUGGGAUCAGCUGUCAGAGUCCCGUAAAGUCUAUGGAUCCUUCCAACCUCCCUUCUCUAAUUCGGCUACAGAUCUCAAGUGCUGAUGAGAACUCAGAGCUUAACAAUGCAUCUCUCAACUCCAAGGCCUCUGGAAUAAGAAUGCUCAGUGACUUGCUGAAGCUAGAAAAGAAGAAUAAAAGUACUGAAUCCUCAAAGUCAGGCAAGGGGAGCAAGAAAUCAAAAUCAAAACGAAAACUGACAGAAGACAGCCCUGUUGCUAAAGCCCCCAAGAGCAAGAAGAAGAAGUUGAUGAGUGAGGUCCCUAAGGAAGGGGAGACUUUGCAAGAAAAAACCAUUGGGACUACCAAGGUGGGGAAAAAAGAGAAAGCAAGUGGUGAUGCUAAAGAAAAGAAGCCAAAGGGGGUUCAUAGCUCCAAGAAGAACAAAGAGAAGCCACAAGGAAACAUUACAGUCACAGUGGGAGAAAGUGGAAAAACGCUAGGCCCCAAGACCAAAAAAGAGAAGAAGCAAAAGAAGAAAUCUGACAAGAAGAAAAAGAGCAAGGACAAAAAGGAUAAGAAGAAGAAAAAGCAGUCCAUUUCCAAAAAUCCUGACCCUGCCUCAGUAUCCCUCAAGAAAGAGAAGAAAAAGAAAAAGAAAGUUAAACAAAUAGAUUGAGAGGCAUUAAGCAGCAGGAUUUCUCUAGCCAAGUCUUGAAUGUCGAUGUCAACCUCCCACUUGGGGGAAAAAAAACCCAACCAAAUCCCAGCAUGACCCGUGAGCCAGUGGAUCCAGCAGGAGCGCACUAGGGCACCGAGAGAGCGCACUGCACUCAAAUGUGUCCCUAAUGAAUUGAGUGAUCUCCAUAGAGAUUAUACCCAAUAUUUAUAUAUGUAUGUAUAUGUAUGUAUAUAUAUAUAUAUGUACAGUAUUUUUUUAAAAGAGAGACUCUCCCUUUCUCCCACUGACAUUCCUUUGGUACUCCUUGGCUGCAGAGCCUUUCCUUCCAAACUUUGCCUAGAAGACCUGGGGAAUGCCACGGCUGCCCCUGUGGAGACAGAGCUCAUCCUCAUGGAAUCUUGGUCUCAAGCAGGUGGCUGCACUUGAGUGGCUUUCCUGUGUCUUAACUUUUUAUCUAACGUGUUUAUACAGAACUCUGCAAAUAAAAGAUUGGUGUGGAAGA